GAACGUCGCAGUUGAAUGCGAACAGCCACCGCGGUCGCUCGCGGCCCGCGAUCCCGAACGUAAACAAAGAACAUUGUUCCCGCGAAUUUCGAAUUUGAAAAAAUAAACAAUUCGUGACAAAUUUGACAUUUUGUUUCUUAAAAGGUGUUUUUCACGUGACGCUCCAGUGUUGAAUCCACGUAAUGUGACCCGAAGAUAUUGAAUAAAUACGAUUGUUUUUUUGUUUGGGUUUAUUACGUAUUUUAUUUGAAGUGUCAGAGGGUAAUCAGAUGCGCCCAUUGCAAUUUUAGACAAUUUCCCGAGAAGUGCAAGUGGUGAUUUUGGCGCGAAGCCAAAGAAACAGUUUUGUGAAUUUUGACAUUUUUGUGAAUCAACUAUGAUGAUGUAUCCGAACGCGACAUGUACUACAGUGGACUAUUACGCGCGUGAAAAGUGACAGCUCAAAAACAUGUCUCCCGACAAACGCAAAAGGCGAGACGCGACGCAAAAGUUCAAAAAAACAACAAGAACUAUUCCCUAGCUGUAAAUAAACAUAAAAAGCUUAACAAUUGAUCUCACAGUAUUUUAGUGCUCAACUUAAUAGAAUUUUAAAGAGACUGACUUUUAGUUUUAAUUUCAAACCGGUCGGCGUGCGAUUUGAAAUUCAAAAAGUUACAAUGAUCGCGUUGAAGAAAUUAUAUGGGGACGAGUUGUUGCGCUUGGCGUUGGUACUGAGUCUCUUGAAGGUAGACCCUAACGACUACUUGGAGCAAGAGACGCAACAGCUGCUCUCCGGGCUGCACAUCUCCAACGGAUCUGAUUGGUCAGCCGAGCAAGAAGCUCGCACCCUCAUCAGACCCCGCUUCGUCCAUCCAAAGUCCCUAGACAACAUCCUGAUAAACUACGAGAGAGAAAUAUUCGAGGAGCUGAACUCUCUGGGUCGCUACGCCGACUUUAACUUGGAAAACAAUGCCCGUAUACGCGUGAAUCCAAUACUUCAUACAUAUUUAGUGAAUAACGUGGCGACCGAUACAGUAGUGCCGCCGCUCGCGGGCCAGCCGGUCGACGAGGCGGGCCAGGAUGGGGUCUCUGCUGACGACAACGUAGCGCAAGAAGUCAAAGUUUCCGAAGAAGAAGACAGCCAAGAACAACCAGAGAUUCAAGCACAAGAACCGCCGCGGCCCGACGCUGUCGUCACCCUCUCCCCAGACUUCUUAACCAACCAUACAGAGUCGGAUAUCUUCGCUGAAAUCGCGACCAGGUCUUUUGACGUCAACGAGUUUCUAGUCCAACCAAACAUGCAGAUUAAAAAGGAACCAGUCGACGAAUCUGAGGAUUUGCUCGACGUAAAGAUCAAGAAAGAGCCUCAAAAUGAAGACCUUUACAGCGACAACGCCAUGGAUGACUUCGUACCGUACUUCACGGCGAAGUCUGAAAAGUUUGAGCUUGGCGAGAACUCAGUUUUCCACCAAAACAUGGCUGACCUGCAGGACUACGGAGAGCUCUUUGAUGACGUCAAGGAACUCAGAAGUGACCUCGACUGCAUUGACGUCAAACAACAGCAAGAAAACUUGGAGCAGUAUCUCCUAGAAAACACCCCUUUGGAUUCCGAAGUCUACGAAUUAGCUCCAAUGUUUGAAGAGGAAUUGGUGUUGGGUGUGAAGAGGGAAAGAGCGAGCACUAGUUUUACGUCAGCUAGUUCCAGUGGUGUGAGUGAGAUGGAUAUGUCGGUGAAGGAGGACGUGAAGUCGGAGCCUGAUGAAGGGAACCAUACUGGAGACGAGCUUACACAAGAGGAUAUGGACCUCAUCGAGGUGCUCUGGAAGCAAGAUGUCGACAUGGGAUUCUCCAUCGAGGACCCUGUGCACCCGGAGGGUCCUCAAGCGAAGAAGGUGGAGUACGCAGACGAGAUCGACAAGGAGCUCCGCGCUGCAGAAGAGAAGAUACAGAGGAAGAAGGAGGAAGAAGAGAUCGAACAAGUCAAGCAGACGCUUCUCGAGCCGGACGUGAAGGAGGAUGAUCCGUGGGCCGGCCUGUCGUACACCGUGGAUACUGAGACUGGCGAGUACGUGCUUCAGGGCGAGCUGCCGCGCGAGCUGGUGGGAGAGUCGCGGUUCGACCUGCUGGAAGAAGCUUUGCAGCUGGUGGAGCUUGGAGACGACGUGAAGGAUGACCCGCCUGAGGCGGUAGAGGGCAGCAGCAGCGCGGGUGCCAUGCUGCACCCGGCUAUGCGGCACGUGCCGCACCAUCCCCUCGCGCACUACCACAACCAGUCCCUGAUGCGGUCAAUGUCGGUGGAGCAGCGUUGGCAGGACUUGGCAUCGCUGCUGACCAUCCCGCCGCCGCCCGACCAGUACCAGCAUUACCACCAGCAUCCGCAUCAUAAUAUCAGUGCUCAUGGCGCAGCCGGAUAUGCUCCGAACUACCACCCUCACGCACCGAUACCGCCAAUGCCGGACAAACACCCGGACGCCUAUGCGGGCGCGGCCGCACCGCUGGAGCCCAGCGCAUACAAGGUGGAGUCUGCCCAUCAUCAGCAACACGACGGACUCUACUAUCAGAAUACUACGUCGGAGAUGGCGCCUCCCGGCAACCAGGACGGGUUUCUGCAGUCCAUCCUAAACGACGAAGACUUGCAGCUCAUGGACAUGGCGAUGAAUGAAGGCAUGUACACGAUGCGAAUGUUGGACGGCGCGGCCGCGCACCCCGCGCCGCACCACAACCAUUCGCACAUGAUGGUGGCCGAGCGAGACUCGGCGUCAGACAGCGCGGUGUCGUCGAUGGGCUCGGAGCGCGUGCCCUCGCUCAGCGAUGGCGAGUGGUGCGAUGGCAGUGACUCUGCGCAAGAGUUCCACAGCUCAAAAUUCCGUCCGUAUGACUCGGCGUACGGACGCGAGCGCGCGGCUCCGCAUCAGCCACAGAAGAAACACCAUAUGUUCGGGAAACGAUGCUUCCAGGAACAACAGCAGCCCACUUUGGAGCCGCUGGUGCCGCCGCGUGCGCCGGGGGUCGUCAAGAACGAGUGGCCCGACCACGCGUACCGACCAGAUAACGUGCACAUGCAUAACCCGGAGUUCGCCCGCGGGCUGGCGCCGCCGGUGCCCGUCCCGGCGCUGGACCUCAACGCGCCGCACUCCAGCCAUGCUUUAUUACAGAGCGGUGUCCCGUCCCCGGCGGCACGGUUCUCGUACGCGGCCCCGGAGCGCGUGCGGCACAACCACACGUACAGCGCGCCGCUGCAGCCCGACCCGCGGCCCGCCGCCGCCCGGGACAAGAGAGUGCGGCGGCUGACAGACGGCAGCAUGUCUGACGGCGGCUCGUCGGCCACCAGCUCCGGACACCUCACGCGCGACGAGAAGCGCGCCAAGGCUCUCGGUAAGUCCGCACGUGGUAUCCCGAUGGAGGUCCACGACAUCAUUAACCUGCCGAUGGACGAGUUCAACGAACGGCUCUCCAAGCACGACCUCAGCGAGGCGCAGCUGUCCCUCAUCAGGGAUAUCCGGCGGCGUGGCAAGAAUAAGGUAGCAGCGCAGAACUGCCGCAAGCGCAAGCUGGACCAGAUCACGUCGCUCGCGGACGAGGUGCGCGCCAUGCGGGACCGCAAGGCUCGCACGGCGCGCGACCACCACUCGCUGCAGGCCGAGCGCCAACGGGUUAAGGAAAGGUUCGCUGCGUUGUACCGACACGUUUUCCAGAACCUGCGCGACCCUGAGGGCCGGCAGCUGUCUUCGUCGCAGUACUCGCUGCAGCAAGCAGCCGACGGUAACGUCGUGCUCGUGCCCAAGAUGCCGCAACACCCCGAUCACAUGAACCGUACUUCCGAUGACGAGAUGGACCGGAAGGCGAAAAACUUCGAGCAGUGACCUUCACUUCCGACCUACUCGAGAUGGUAGUACACCACUACAGAGAGCUUGGUCACCACCACCGUGCACCAUCCUCAUCGUGAAUACAAACAAUAAGUUUGAAUAUUUUUUUAGUAACGAACUUGGUUGAUCCUCUAUCGUGCGCCUUACUUGUAACUCUCGUUAUAAAUAGCAUUUUAUAUUUGGGCAUGCGAAUGCUAGAACUUGGCUUAAAAACCACCAGUGCACCUUUUUAUAACGUUAGCCAUAUAAGAUUUUUUUUCUAAAAUAUGGCAGCAUUGAUAAAUCACUCUGUGAUUGGCCUACUAACCCUAGUGUUGCCAAUUUAUAAAUUAUGAAAUGAUUUCAAUAUGGCGCGCGUUCUGUUUUAGUUUGUCGAAAAGUACAAUAGAUUUAAUGUUUUAGAUAUUAAUGUAAAAUCUGUUAUUUACUCUUCAUUGCAGAAUUAAAUUUUAUUUUUUGUUACAUAUUUUUGCACACACCCCUAAUUCAAACAGGGCGACGUACAACCAGUGAUAUGUGACAAAAUAUUAAAAUAAAUUGCUAUUUUUUUUUUCUUUUUAAAGUAUUUCUUUCUGUGGUGUACCAACAUCAUAAAAAUAUCAUCUCGAUAUGUAAAAAAAUGUGAUAGAAAAAAAAUAUUCCAUUUUUGCGUUAGUCGAAUGUAGACGUUUAUUGGUCUGAAGAAAAAUAUAUGAAAAAAACCGCUUUUAUGGAUUUUUUAAUAAUUGGCUGUAUGGUCUGGAACCUUAGUUUAUCGUAAAAUGGAAAAAACAAAAAAAUUUAGAAAAAAAUAUCUUAAUAAGAAAAUGGCGCGAAUUUAUAUAUUUUUCUUUAGAUUAAUUAAGAAUGAUUGCCAGUACAUAUUUAAUGUUGUUUUUAAAAUAUUUUUCCAUGUAACAGAAACUUACUUUUUUAGUUAGAUGAUCAAUUUGAUGAGAAAAGACGGUGAGGCAAAAUAUUGUUGGAUUAUUAUUUUUUUAUGCUUACAAACAAAAAAACCCGAGAAUCCCAGAAACCUGGAUGGAAUUCCGUAGUCUGCCUACCCCAACGGGAAAUAGGCGCGGUCUUACGUAUGUGUAAACAAAAAAAAAGCUCCAUUUAAAUGAAUGUGUCAUUUAUAGUUUUCCCGCCCUAUGAAAUGUCAUUAAUAAUGAUACCAAAAUUAGGGCGCCAUAUUUGUUGGAAAUGAGACAAAUAAAAAAAAUAGUAAUCCGACCGCCUCUUGCCUUCUCUUUUCCAUUUAAUUUUGAUGCUAGGAGUAUCUCUAAUAUAAAAAAAACCAUAUUGGUUGCAAGCUUUCGUACAGUUUACCUAACACAACUAACAGAAAAAAAUAUAAACCAACAAAUGACUGAGUAUUAUGAUACCAUAGUAUAACAUAAAAAAAAGAAAAUAUGGAAAAAAAAUAAAAAGGUGUCCGUGACAUCUGUCUCGUUGCAAUAAGUAAUUUUUAAUCAAUUUAAAAAAAAAAACUUUUUUUGUAAUAUAUUUUUCUUUGUUCUCUAUAGGUUGUUUAUUUAUAUAUAUUAAUAAAUAGGUUAAAAAUAUUGUUACUUUAAACUUUAAUAUUAUUACGUGGAAUUUUGAAUUCUUUUUACCUGGGCACGAUCAAAUUUUGGUUGGAUUUUCUCAAUUUUGGAUACAAGUACAAAAAACGACAGAUUUAUGUAUAGAAUAAAAGAAAUAGGGUAGAAAAAGACCAUAUUUUUUGUUGGUCUUUUUUUAAUUUGGCUACGUGAUCUGUAAGUUUAAGAUAUCAUUGUCAUAUAUAAGUAAAUGUAAAGUAUGAUCAGAAAAAAUAAAAAUUGCCGCCAUUUUGCGGCGAGGAAACGCUUUUUUUUCUUUAUAACCCCUUUUAACCCAUUUUUUUCUGAUCGCACUAAAUAGGCAUUUUGAAAUCGCACAUUAAAAAAAAAUAAACGGAGUAAAAAGGAUGUUGUAAUAUUCUAUUCUAUCUGUGGUGCAUACUUUUUUAAUUACUUUUUUUCGUAGAUUUUUUUUGAAAAUUGGAAACUAGUGGCUCAAUAUAAAUUGACACUUCUAACGCCAUUUGUACAUGAUCAAUAUUUAACAGACACAACGACCGUAUGCCUCUGCGGGGUAAGCAGGGCCACAACUUGUAAGUAAUUAGAAACUUUGCAGCCCCGUUUAGUAUUAAAAAUUAUUUAAAGAAAUAUACAUUUUAUUGGCGCCAAACGAAAAUAAAAUAACUAAGAUUUUUAGGCGAUGGGUAUGCAUUACUAACUUAUUAUUACGGUCUUAUCAUAAAAUUGACAGUAAUUUGUGUGUAUUUAAAAUCAUCUUAUAAGAUUAAUUAUAUAUUUCUCUUCGCCUCAUUUUAAUGUAAAAUUGAAAGGUCGACUAACUUUCAUAUACUUUUUCUAAGUUGGCAACACUGAUGGUCAAUUAGCGCCAUCUAGUGGGGACAAAUGGUACUACUAUUUACGUCAGAUUAAUACCCUCACUGUCAAAUAAUUCGAUGGAACUUCUCUUGUUAUUAGACCGACAAGGGUGUUUUGUCAACACCUCAUGGCACUUUUCUAUGCAUCCAUCCUUUUUUGUUACUUAUAACAGUCAUUUUCUAGAGCGAGACAGAGCGACCGCACGCGGCAGAAACGACGAGACGAUAGCGUGCUCUAGCGAGUUGCCAAAUGUGGUUCAACCCUAAAGCCCCUUUUCAGUAAAGAUUCAAAUUCAAAUGUAUUUAUUGCAUUGCUACAGGUCAAGAAGGUCUUACACAAUAUUACAUACAUCCACUGCAGCAUACUAGUCUAGGUGUACAAUUUUGAUUCUAAUAUUUAUUUUUUUUUUGAUUAAAAUAUAAUAUCGUCAAAUGCUAAGAGGAGUGUUUAAUUUUAUGAUAAGACCGUAGUUAUUUGCUUUAAAUGGCUGUGGGCGCGCUCCCCUGACGAGCCCUGGGGCCUGUUUAAUAAACAAUUGUAAAAACUCUUUAAUAGUAAGAACGCUGGCUGAGCCUAACCCUGUAUUGGGCUGGUUUUCCCUUCGCGGGCUGGAAGGUCAGACAGGCAGUCGUUUCAGUAAAAAUCCGGACCCGUCAAAUCUUCAGAUUAGGUAAGCGCACCCUGGAUAAAUUAGAAUCAAACUUAAUACAUACAUAAACUCACGCAUAUUUCCCACCGGGGUAAGCAGAGACUAUGGAAUUCCAUUUGCUUCGAUCCUGACACACUUCUCUUGCUUCCUCCACAUUCGCCAAUCGUUUCAUACACGCACGCCGUUUCAGAGUAGAUGGUACUUAACCUUUUCUAAGGUCAUCUCCAAUUUGGUCAAUGUACGUCCUUCUUGGUCUUCCUCUGCCAGCCCACAAUGAAAUUAUUUAGCAUUAAUAUGUAUACACUUUGGUACCAUGUCUCAUUAACUUUUUUGACAAAUUGAACUGUAAGUCUCACUAAAUGUCAAAUAUGUUAGUGCGACAGAGUCCUAAAGUGGGCACAUUAUAUUGCUCAUGACUGUACCAACCUCAAUUUUACAAUUGUAAAGUUCAUUAAACAGACCCUAGAAAACAUUAGAAGGCUUAUUGAAGAAACAAAGUCUAUAAUUUUGCGUUCAUUGGUCGUCAGUGGCGUAUAAAAUAAUUGUAAAAUUAAAAAUGGACUUUUCAUUACAGCCUGAUGUAUUUUGG